AUGAAUGUAGCGGACGGAGCGGGGAUCUCGCGCUACGAAGUACUAGUACUCGUUGCUAGGUUAUCUUUUGUUACAGCCAUUGGCUUUUUCAGCAUGAAAUGGAUUAUGAGCCAGUUGGAUCCCACGACAAAGGCGAAGAAAAAAGCGAAACAAAAAGCUCAAGAUCAAAUACGGAAACUGGCAAAGAAUGAUAGUCUGGCAUUGUCCAUCGAUACCGAACAAUUAACAGAUUACGAAAUGAUGAUCGCUACUCAUCUUAUCGAUCCUCGUGAUAUAAAAAUUUCUUGGAAUAAUAUAGCAGGUCUGGAACAUGUUAUUCAGGAACUUAAGGAAACGGUUAUACUGCCGAUUCAAAGGAAGGAAUUAUUUGAAGAUUCGCAAUUAACUCAGGCUCCAAAGGGUGUUUUACUCCAUGGACCACCGGGUUGUGGGAAAACCAUGAUUGCUAAAGCAACUGCUAAGGAGUCGAAAACAAGUUUCAUAAAUUUAGAUGUUAGCAUUCUAACGGACAAGUGGUAUGGCGAAAGUCAAAAGUUAACUGCUGCAGUGUUCUCGUUAGCAGUAAAACUGCAGCCUUGUAUAAUAUUUAUCGAUGAAAUUGAUUCAUUUUUGAGAUCUCGGAAUGCACAAGACCAUGAAGCCACGGCAAUGAUGAAAGCCCAGUUCAUGUCGCUUUGGGAUGGUCUAAUAACCGAUCCGUCUUGUACUGUAAUAAUUAUGGGUGCAACCAACAGACCAAAAGAUUUGGAUCGAGCGAUUCUGAGGCGUAUGCCGGCGACUUUCCACAUUGGUUUACCUAAUGAAGAACAGCGAACGCGGAUAAUUAAACUAAUUUUGAAUAACGAGCCGAUUGCAGAUGAUAUAAAUAUUGCAACUUUAUCAAGACUGACGGAUGGCUUUUCUGGAUCAGAUCUGCAAGAGCUUUGUCGGAACGCAUCUGUAUAUCGCGUCAGAGAUUAUAUACGUUCUCACACUCAGGAUCCUGAGCAUCCCAGGACAAGCUUGAUUCCUGACGACGAAGAAUACCAUGACACAGUGCGACCUAUUACAAUGGAGGAUCUCAUGACAUCUCUCAAGAAAAUGAGAACGUCCAAAGUUCAUACAGGCAACCUUACCGCUGCUAAAUUCGACCUAGAUUAAAAAAACCAAUUUUUUCAUUGAAAUGUGAAUAUCAACCAUUGUUUGCCUUUAACUCAUUAGAAAAGAGGCAAUAAUUGUGGCAAAACAUUAAUGGUUGUCACUCCAUUGCCAUCAUUCCAUGCAUCAAGGUUACGUAAAUAUCUCUGACACACAACGGAGAUGUUACAUUUCGAAUCUGUCACCGAACUUUAUCGUGUCGAGACAAAUUAUAUAGUUUGGUAAGCCUGGCUGUUAGUCGUCAAGACUUCAUGGCGUGGAUACAUCACCUAAAAGGAUCAGCAUGUCUCCGACGAUUUUGGACUUAGAACCUUGUAAACAAUGGUGCAUCUUCCUUUAAAAAACCUCCCACGUAAUAUAUAGUGGUGUUCGUGUUUGAUGAAAGGCUCGAUGAAAUAAAACGUGUGAAGUGAA